GUGGCACACUUGAAGCAGUUUUCAUAUUUGGCACGGAGAUGACCGAGUGCUGUGAUGUUUGACUUCGCACGUUGGUUAGGAAGGCGGUAGAAAAAAAAAGUUUAACUGAGUGAGGCCAUUAUAAUUCUACAUGCCCAAGGACUGGAUAAAGAAAGUGAAGAAUUAAAAACUGACUCAAACGCACGCUGUAAACUUAAACUUGGACUUCGUGGCGAGCUGUGAAGUGCUUUGGAGACAUGGUCGCAUCUUCGUAAGGUAAAUCAUUGGAGAAGACCGACUCGGGAUCACUUCCAAGCUCUGAAUUUAUCUGUAACCUGUCAUUGGGUGCUGGCUUGCAAUGUACUUGAUGCUGCGAUAUUUGGAAAUGCUGGUUCCCUGACCUUCUGAUCUGUUCCUUCAGACACAUCAGGAACUUUAAAUUAGUGAAAAAUUUGUCUGACAAAUUGCUGUCUCCCCACCAGUAACAUUGGUAACUCUCAAACCAUGCCUAUCUUAAAGCAGCUGGUGUCAAAUUCGUCACAGUCAAAGCGCCGCUCACGUGUGGACCUCACUGCAGACAUGAUCAGUGCACCUUUGGGAGAUUUUCGGCACACCAUGCACGUUGGGCGCGGUGGAGAUGCUUUUGGGGAUACGUCUUUUCUCAGCACCCGAUCAGGGGAGCCCCCACAACAGGAAGCACAUCAGCAAAGCUCUGGUUCCAGGCCUAGUCUCCUGUCCCGUACAUUCAGACACAGCAAAAGGUCACAGUCAGUAACCCGAGUAGAUAAACGGGAGUCAACUCUAGCUCUUCCCAGUACUUCGCCAUCCUUUGUUAAAAAUGCAGUCUCCCUACCACAUCUGAAUGAUGACAAUGAAGUACCUCAAAGGGGGAGCAUUGUUUCUGUACCAAAAAGUCUCUCCUCUAGCCCACUGAAGAUGAUUGCCAAUGAAAAGCCUGUCAAUGGAGCUGCAGCCUCUUUGCAGGGAGAACCAGAGCACUUUGAUGAAAGAGACUUUGGUGAACUCUCGGAUCUCCCAACAACAUCUCUCCCUAAAACAGGAGGUGGGCUAAAACAUGCUGAAUCCAUCAUGUCUUUCCAUGUAGACUUGGGACCAUCGAUGCUAGGAGAUAUUCUAAGCAUUAUGGACAAAAAGGGCUGGGAGGAAGAUGAUUUGGGCUUUGAGGAGGAUGGAACGCUAAUGGGAAAGGUGUCAUCACCGCCUGCUAGCCAGCAAAAUCUAGCAGCUAGCAUUUUGCCGCCAAAGGAAGACCCUCCCCCAUACACCCCAGAGACUAAACCACGGCACCUUCAGCAUCAGGUGGAUAGCUGCUCGGUGUCUAGCUCUGGAUCUGCUGUAUUAGAUGACAAGCAGCCACUUGAGAAAGAGACUCCUUCUCAUGUGAAUGUUAGUCGUUCCAGGAAAGAGGAAGAAGAUCAAGGUUUCUCCUUCAUGGAUGAGGACGAUGAUGAAAUCAGAGUUUAAAGUGGAAGCAAAUUGAACCCCCAUUGAUUAACUGUUACCCGUAAAUCGUUGGGAUUCCCACAAGAUUAAAAGUUUAGCAAUACAACUUCCUAGCUGGGCCAUUUUAAUUUGAAUGUUCACCACAAAGCAGAAGUAAAAAUGACUGCAUACAAUCCCAGUUGGAGUAUGAAUGGUUGGAAGUCGCAUUAUACUGGGGUGGAGGAUUCUUUGAGAAGCUGAAAAUUCAAUCCCCUGACAUCCCCCUGUCAGACUUUUUUGAGUGCCUUUUGGAAACUCAUUACGGUAGUGGAAAGGACUUAGGGUUUCUUGGUACAUCAGGAUCCAAAUCCUGCAUGGAGGCAGCUACUUUAACUCUACUUGAUUUCAACAGGAUGUGCUUCCGUGAUCCUGCACCCAAAGCAGCGGCCUACUGUGAAAGAAAAUCUGAACCUCUGCCAGCUGUUGAUCUGGUGGUAGCAGCAAUACUAAUGCAGCAAGUGCCAAUUCUUUCUAGUCGAAAUGUACGUUUUUUUUUUUGUUUUUUUUUUUAAUUACAGCUUGGAGGAAAGUUUCACAAGCCCACAAACGUUUUACUGAAGAUGACCACAAAUGUUUGUGUUUUGUUUUCUUUAUUUUCCUCAAAACGUCUGUUAACAGGCACAUUCCUUUUUCCUUUUCUUGUGUGUGUUAUAUAUUUUUUAGGUUAGGAUAAGUUAUUUUUCCUUCAACGUUCUCUAGAUUUGUGCACUUGAUCAGUACUAUAGAUGUGCACCUAUAGGGUAAAUUCUUCUUUUUAAUUUUUUUUUUUUUUUUGUAGUUUUGCCGCUCCUUACAUAAUAACAUAAUAGCCCAGCUGCUGUUUAGUUGUAAAUAAUUUUGUAGUGGGCUGAGAAAAGUUCUUUCUGUUUGUGUAAUUAACCUGGACGAAGGUUCACUCUGUAAAUAUGAAAUAGACAGAAUCUGCGAGCAAAGAUGUGUUGAUUAUAGUUUUUGUGGUGCACUUUGCUACAUGUGGAUGAGUUGGUGAUGCAUACUGAAAUGCUGGGCAGAGAUGCUUUUAAAAUCUGAGAAACACUAAAUCUGCUCAGCAUGCAGUGUAAUACUUUAAACUAUUCUGGGGCUGGUAACAAAAACAAUAUUCAACUUUUACGUUUCUUCAAGUCUUAAGAGUAAGAUAUUUACUGCAUAUACUGAAAUUUAUAAUGGAUACAUGAGAAGUUCCAAAUCUACACGCAGAAUAGCGUAUGAUGCUGCAAUACUGUAGACACGGUACGGCUUGUCCUCUUAAUGCAAAACAAGUACAGCACUUGUGUUCAUGAUGCUGCUUCACAGCGUUUUAAAACUGCCUUUACUUUUCUAGUGACAGCUUCCAGAGGGCAUCCUGUUGCUUUAAAGUCCAGGACUGUCGGUGCAGGCAGUGUGGCCUGGUAGAUGUCUACUAAAUAGGAUAAUGAAACAUCAGCCUCUAAUUGUCAGUACUAGAAGCCGUGUUUCAGUCUGCACCUGUUUCUGUUGUUUCUUCCUUUGCACUCAUUAAAUAAAGCAUCUCGGUAAUCACUGUGCUAGUUGUGACCAAAAUCCAAAGAUUUGCCAGAAGCAGCACAGGAGUUGAAAUUAUGGGGUUUCAGAAGUAGCACAUUACACACUUUGGUUAAUGCUCCAGGCAGCUUGCACUAUUGUAAUUUGCUUUAAUUACAAGUAAAAAAUCUGCAGCCUGCACACAUUCGUGUUAUUACUACAAGUGAUUAGCUUCUGCACAGGCACUCAUUUCAAAGAGAGGGCAGGGAGUGGAGUAGCUAUUACUAAGACCCCCCCCCCAUUGUUCUCUUUAAAGAGAGAACACCAAAGGUUCAGUUCAGUUAACAAAGCAAACUAAACUGAGAAAUAUUGUACUUCUCAUGUCAGUGUUAUUUUCCAUGUGUUUUACUCCAGAUGGAAACAGAGGCAUAACCCCCUGGCUGAGACAAAAAAAAAAUCAAUUUCCUCGAGUUGUAAUUGUGAUCCUUAUUAUCUGCUUAAUGGAGAUCAUUAGGACAUGAACAUGUAAGGAUAACUCUUGCUUUCAGUAGCCUUGCAUUUUGCCAAUUGUUGUCGUGUGGGUCUUUGACCUUCUAAAAAUAUAAAGCUGCGUUUCUCUGGAUAAUCCCCUACCCGUGGUUGCUGAACUUCUUUCUUUUUGCUUCAUCUAAUUUCAUUUUUGCGCACACACACACACACACACACACAAAGCAGACUUAAAACAAAAAUGAUGUAUCAACUGAAUGGUGACACUUCACAUUUAUUUGAAGGGGAGUGGCCUUUAAUUUAUUUGAUUUUUAUAUUUAGACUAUUUCUACCUUAAAAUUUGCAUAAUAAAAGCUUCUUAAGUGGACUUUUUUUAAUCAAACCUUAUUGCGGUAAUUUUGUAGGAAAAUCUAUAAUUGAAUCAUUUAUCUAAAAAAAACGGAAAGCUCUUAGACUAAAAUGUUACUUAGAUGAGGGUGAAGAGCUGCUGUGACUGUGAACUGUGAAUUGCCUUUGAUGUCGCACCAAAGUAGAUUUUUCAGAUAGUCCUUGGGAAGGUGACGUGGACUUUAAUUGUAGUGCCUAUUUCCAAUUACUGAAAUUUGAAAUACAACACAACUUUUUUUAAAAGUUUUAUUUUAAAUGCGGGUAUAUUUUUUUUUUUUUAAUGGUGUUAUGUGCCUUCCCGUUUGUCCCUAAUAUGUGCAGUGGUUUAAUAUGCUUUCUUGCCUCACUUAAUCAAGUUGGUACUUUAUUUGAUGAAUUUGCAAAAAUCACUUAAUUGUCACUCCGAAAUUGAUUCAUCUAGAAGCCCAUGUUAUACGAGUACACAACCCAAUAAUUUCCUUCAUGACUGACAGUUUUUCUUAAUUCGUAUGUGUCCAGGGAUGUGACUUUCUUCCUCCCAUACAACAUCCAAAUUGUUGCACUCUCUGCUAGUCUUCACGAUUGCAGUACACAGGGUGUGGAACACUACAUUAUAAUCUGAAAUUCAAGAUCCUCCAUUUUUAUGCAGUGCACAGGGUGUGGAACACUACAUUAUAAUCUGAAAUUCAAGAUCCUCCAUUUUUAUGCAGUGCGUAUUUUAGAAAACAUUUUGCGGAUUAUUAAUGAAUGGGUUUCUUGCUUUUUAAUCAUACUUGGGGAUUUUGAAAUAAGAACUCUGCCAACUGUAACAUCCAUGGAGUCCAAACGUAAUUCUGCAGGGUUGUGUCAGUCUUGUUAUCCACACAAUCCGUUCAGUGCUGAGAGGUUUGCCAGAAGAAUUGGUUCUCUAUUCAUUGAGAUUUUUUUAAAGAAUACAGCAGCACUUUAAAUGUGUUGUACAGAGGGUGGUGUGGGAGGUUAAAGUAAAUUGGAUUUUUUUUUUUUUUUUAAGCUUUGAGCAAAAUUCAUUUUAAGCAGAGGAGAACUGGUAUGGUUUGUUAAUGAAACUUCUUGUCACCUGUAUGCUGGAUUGAUAAAGCAGACAAUGAAUAAUGGGAUGAAACAAUGGAGAAUUUCACAGAGUAGACAGUGCUUUGUUAGGAAGUGCAUUUGGAGAUUAAGCUUUAAUAGCUUCUUAAUAAUUAGACUUGACCGGCCUUAGCCACUCUAGCCUUUUGUACCCUAUGUUCUUUUGUAAUCUGCAGGAUAUUCAAAUGUUAUUGUUGUUUUAAUAUAAAAAUACAAAAAAAGAAAAAAAACGUUUUAGAACAUCAAAAGAAUAAGAAAAUGUGCAGUCAUAGCUUAAGAAGCAAAGUACACCUUGAAGACCUUUUUGUUCUGUAUUUUUUCCUAAAUAUUUAAAAACAAAGUGUCCAAAUUUACUUUAUUUUCAAUAAAGAAUCCUGCAUAUUUGCUUUUGAUGAA